CAGAAAACAUAACUUCAAAAGAAAAAAUAAAUAUUAGUUAUUGACCGGUUGACUUUGGAGUCAACUUUGACCAAGGUUUAGAACAGAGGGUAAAAUAGUCUUUUAAAUAUCACUUUCAGUUGUAUAAACAAGGCGUACCUUAUCAAAACCUGAAAACCCCAUUUCACGUAGACAUGUGGACGUUGGUAACCAUGUCAGCUUCCCCCAUCGCCAUCUUCCUUCUCCUCCUCCUUACUCACUCUUCCGCAACACCUCCACGACCAUUCAAGAAGAUCUACGCCUUCGGAGACUCUUACACCGACACCGGAAACACCGCCUCCCCCACCGGCCCAAGUGCCUUCACUUACGUCUCCAACCUCCCUUACGGCCGCACAUUUUUCCACCACCCAACUAACCGUUACUCCGACGGGCGUCUGGUAAUCGAUUUCGUGGCGGAAUCACUCUCAUUACCCUACCUACCACCCUACCUCAACCGCAAGGCCAACACCACCGCCGGUAUUAACUACGCCGUCGCAGGAUCCACCGCUAUCAGACAUGCGUUUUUUGUCAAAAAUAACCUCACCUUCGAUGUAACACCUCAGUCUCUACAAACUCAGCUUUCUUGGUUUAACAAGACAUUGCAGGGGCAAAAAUGUAAAGGUGCUAUGUCGACGCCGGCGGAAUGUGCAGCGGUGUUCCGGGAUGCGUUAGUGUGGGUGGGUGAAAUCGGAGCCAAUGACUACGCUUACACCGUUGGAUCAACGGUGAGCGGUGAAACCAUUCAACGACGUGCCAUUCGCAGUGUAACAGGAUUUAUAGAGGCAUUGCUCAAAAAAGGUGCAAAAUAUAUGGUAGUCCAAGGCCUCCCCACCACCGGUUGCUUGACCCUCGCCAUGUACCUUUCACCAGAGUCAGACCGCGAUGACAUUGGUUGUGUCGCCACCGUCAAUAACCAAAGCUACAUCCACAACACCAUCCUCCAAGCCAACAUCCAAAACCUACGCAACAAAUACCCAAAAACUAUCAUUGUUUAUGCUGAUUACUGGAAAGCUUAUCGCUCCAUUGUCAAGAAUGCACCAAAGCUUGGAUUCCACGAUGUUUACAAGGCGUGUUGUGGGUCUAGUGGUGGUCCCUACAACUUUGACUUUUUAGGUACUUGUGGGUCUGAUUCUGCAAGUUCAUGUCAGAACCCAUCUCAAUAUAUCAACUGGGACGGAGUUCACCUUACUGAGGCUAUGUAUAAAGUAGUUUCCGAGUUGUUUCUUAAUGGUGCUUUCACUUAUCCGCCAUUCAAGUCCUUGUUAAGAAGCAAGCGAAACUCAGCUUAGAUGAUGAUACAUCUUUUUGUAGUUGUCUAUGCGAUUUUAUUAUUUUCCUUUAUCAGUCAUUCUUAAAUUGGUCUUCAAUGAUCAAUGGUCACAUUUUUAAUUUCAGCUAAUAAUAAGGAACCAUAAAAGUCGAAAGGGACCAUUAAAGUAACAACUCACAUGAUCCACAACAUUAGAACGCUUUAAUCGCCUACACAACUCUCCCGAAUUUAUGUAUCUUUAACAAGUACUAAUUAUCAUACCCAACUAUGUCUAAAUUGAUAAAUUAUUUGUGAU